AUGCUACAGCCACAGGGACCAUCAGAAAACACCACCCACAAACACAUGCUGGGUUUAGUGAUCACCCUGUUUGUCCACCAUGAGGCAGACACAUCCCGUUGUGAACAGGGCAAGUAUCUCCUGCGAAUCUUCCUUGUAGGGAGCAUGGUGAUCCUUGGGGCCACACUCAUCACCACUGUUGCACUUGUGUACCACAGCAGCCGGGGGACCAUCAUGGAUGUAGGUCCAAGGAGACAUGUCCCCAAUCUGUUGAUCACAAGGGUCAUUCUGGGUAUCCCUGAAGUUGCCUGGAAUGGUAUGGGCAGCAUGUGGAUCAUACUGGGGCUGGUCAUGUGCCACGAUGCCCUGUCUAUUCUCAUGAAAGCGCUGGUCAUCUACACAUGGGUGGCCAUUGGUGUGAUUGUGAUUGGGGUGUGGCUGCUGUUCGACCCCAUGAUGCGACCGAACAGGCAAGGGCCUAAUGAGGGUAGCUACCUUGUUGAAGGCGGUGCUUUAGGAACUCACUACAUCCAGUUGUGGGAGAAACGCUGUCGAUUCCUGUGUUGCUUGACAUCUAGGGAUGAGAAUAGCUCAGAAGCCUUCAAGAAUGUUGCAGAUGUAUUUGCCUCACUCUUUGAGGAGAGUGACCUUGUGGCCUCAGAUGUGGCUGCAGCCCUGGUGCUCCUGCGUCUCAAGAGGAAGCAAGAAGAACGCCAAGAGGAAGCCAUUAGGAAAAAUAACCUUCACCUGCCUCUGAGUCGCUCCUCCACAGCAAGCAUUGGUGCCCUGCAGAGUGAAGGUGCAUUACCCCACCAACAAUCCCCUCGGCCAGAAUGGAUGAAAGUGGGCAGUGCAUAUCACUUCAUGAAGUUUGCCUUGGCUUCCUAUGGCUGGCCAUGGUUUGUGUAUGGCCGUUUCUGUCAGGCUUGUUGUUCCCUCUGGAAGCAUCUACACUGCUGUGCAAACUGCAGGGCAGACCCAUCCCUAGAUGCAAAAGACAACUGUUGCCUAUGUAAUACAGCUGCGCUGAAAGCUAUAACAGGGCUGGAUCAAGACAGCAUUUCAUACAUCACAUUUCAUAAUAAGAUUUAUGAAGUUCCAUUUUUCGUUGCCAUUGAUGAUGAAACAGAGCACGUUGUGGUGGCCAUCAGGGGGACAUUGUCACUUCAAGAUGCUAUUACAGACCUAACGUGCCAGUGUACAGAAGUGGAGGGUGCAGGGCUUCCAGAGGGUUGCCUGGCUCACAAGGGAAUGGUUCAUGCAGCCAAGUUUGUUCAACGCAAACUAGAGGAGACAAGGGCACUGAGGGAAGGCUUGGCAUCACGUCCUGGGUAUGGGGUCGUCAUCACAGGCCAUAGCUUGGGUGCUGGAACAGCAGUAGUCUUGGCAGCUCUUAUGCGACCACAGUUUCCCAACCUCAAGUGCUUUGCCUUCUCUCCGCCAGGUGGGCUAUGCUCAAAGGAAUUUGCCCUGGCGACUCAGAGCUUUGUGAUGUCAGUUGUUGUGGGUGAUGAUCUUGUGCCUCGUCUGUCCAUGAAUUCCCUCCAUGAUCUACGCUACAAGAUCAUGUGUGUCCUGAACACUUGCAGACAGCCUAAGUAUCGUGUGCUGGCCCAGGGAUGCUGGUACAUGCUCUUCGGCAUUUCCUCAUCAUCGCUGGAAUCGGUUAGUACUAUCGAGAGUCCAUCACAAGAUCGUCCGCUCCUUGCAAAUGCUGCAAAUGCCUAUACUUAUCAUUCACCCAAAAUCACGCAGGAGAGCAUGGAGGAUGUGCGGGUGACCUUCUCCGACGAUGACUCAAGAAGGUGUCAAGUGCCACGACAUACAGAAACACCGCUCUAUCUUCCAGGAAGAGUCCUCUACUGCAACCCAAGCUUGCCUGAGGAAGAAAGACUAGAUGUUGUCAGCAGCGAGUGGGAAUACCGGUGGGGUGACAUGAACGAGUUCACGCAGCUUCUCAUCUCGCCUUUCAUGAUGCGACACCAUUUGCCACAGGUGGUUUUUGCAGCCUUGGAGGAUGUAGCACAGCAGGUGGCAUCCCCAAGCUAACCAAAUAUCCUGUGGUACUUUGAUUUUUAUGUUGGAUUUUAAUGAGAUUGAAAAAAAAGGAACUAUGGAGUUACAUUAACAUUAUACUGUUGUGCGUCUCACUAUCUUGCUCUGUUCUCAUGUUCUCUCUGGUGGUGACAGCAUGAUGUACUGUUUUUGUUCAUGAAAAUCAAUCAAGCUGAGUGUGUUGGUAGCAUUCACCUGCAUUGUGAAAGGCUAUAUCUGGUGGACGAAUGUAAAAUCAUUUCCUCAUUCUUUUUUAAUUCUUGGGAAUGUAAAAGCAAAUUUGGACUUUCAGACACUGAAUUCAGUGGUGUAACACUCUGAGGAGAUUGUUCAGAACACCACAGAAUUGAAAUUUCAGUGUUUGGUCUAUGACAUAUCCUCAUCUCAGUCACAGCUGUAUUUUGACAUCCAGAAGAACCACAGGUGUCUGAUUAGCAAACCUUGCUUUACUUGUAUCACUCUUUUGUAACAAUGUUGCAUAUCGUAUAGUAGGGAAUUCAUUAAUGACAAUCGAUAACCCCUCACCGCCGGGCAGCAGAAAUCCCUGAGUGUGAUAAACUCUGGGGAUUUCUGGCAACGGCCAGACACUGGGCGCGGGAGUCCGCUGCAUACAGGCGUACAGGUGUACCCCGCAGACCAAGCGGUGUAUUAUGAUGCCGGUACACGUGACCCAUCUGAAACGGGUUAAUGAACGAGUAGUUAAGGAAUUGCUAGAUAUUCAUCUUCUUUGAGAUGAAAUGGGACUUUGCUCAUAUCUUUGGAAAGUAGAAGUGACAAUAAGAACAGUUUUUAGUGGUAGCAUAGAUUAUGAUAGGAUUUUGCAGGUAACUAAUGAAAACAUAAGAUAACAUGAAAGUUUACUAGAGUGAAUAGAGAGGAAUAUUUAUAUUUGUUUACCUUGUAUAAGAAAUAUUCAUAGAGAAGAGGAGGAAUUUAUAGCUUGUAAUUUAGCCUGAUGGUUAGCUUCUGGCAUGCUACACAAGAACACUCAGACUCUAUGGUAACAGUGAACAAAUCCUACGUGAAGUCCUUCCUUAAUGUUUUGUGAUAAAUAAUUAUAGUCACUGCCAUUGGCCAGGGGGUUAGAAGGUACUUCUGGGUGUGGAGGACAGGGGUUUAAUACCACAGGCUGAUGUUUCAGCCAGACUUCCAGAAGGCUACUGUUUAGUGUGAAUGAGGGAGUUCUAGGGAUGACUUCACAUUGAGACAUACAGAAAUGCCCAAUCUUGCAGUGAAAAUGUCCCAGUUGAUCUCCAUUUAGAUUCAAAACAUGACCCUUGUCUAUUGCCAUAUGACCCAUAUUGCCAAUAUUUCAGGGUUAUAGGGUAAAAGGGGAAAACUUUGCUCACUUUGUUGUCCUGUUAGUGGCACUUUUAAUACCAGAUCUGUGAGGGAUAAAGACUUGCUGUUGUAAAUCAUCCCACUACACCAAAUAUUCCAAUUAAAUGCUAAAUACUUUCAUAUGCUCUCUUAUCAUAUUAGUUAAGAAUACAUUCUGAGUAUAUUGAUUAUUGAUUUGCUGUGUCACCACUGUUGCUUAAUAUAUAAACAGAACUUGCUCUCUUCUCUGAAAGGGCAUGAUCCUUCUUUACCUAAAGGGAGGGGACCAUGAUACUUCAUCAAACUUGACCCUAUUUGAACCCUAUGAUGUUAGUACAUGUACCGUCCACUGUAGUUUUAUUUUAUUAAUUUAUUUAUUUGUACUCAUAGGUGGCUCCAGAAGCACUUAAAACAUCAAAUAGUCAAAUACAAAGCAUGCCAAACCACCUAUUUAUCCUAUUCCAUGAAUUUUUUGGUAUUUAAAAGAAAAUUUUAUUGCUAUUAUUGUUAUAAUGAAACAGUAUGAUAAUAAUGAUUAUAAUGAUAAUUUUAAGUAAUAACAAUAACAACAGUAAUGAUAACAGCAACACAUACUAAUCACCACCAACAACAAUAAAAAACAACAACCUUAGUAGUAAUACCAACAGUAAUGUAUCACAUAAGGCUAGUAAUUACUUGUGGAAUCAUCUUUAUGUAAUAAGAAAAAAGAAAAUAAUCGUGGACAGUGCACAUAUGUACCAAUGGGUUAAUAGAUUUUUAUAUAGAGUGAGCUGGUGUAGGUUCUUCAUGUAUCCCCCUCCCCCCCCUCCCAUAAUUUGGUGUUCUCCCCCAUAAUUUUGAAUAUUUAUUUAUGACUUUUUUUUCUGUAAUCAUCUUAAUAUUUUCUUAUAGAAUCUGUGGUGUAUAGUUUUACAGACAUAGACAUACAUAUACAGAAGAACAUAUAUGCUAUAGCCAUAUAUGAAGUAAUACUAAUUUUUCUUAGGGUGGAUAUAGGGAAAAAUUAUUAUUAGAAGAAAUGAUGUAUGUUUUUUUCUUUCUUUCUUUCUUUCUUUCUUUUUUUUCUUUUUGGUUUAGUUUUGUUUGAUGUGUUCGAUAGUGCUUCCUCCCUUCUCUUUUCUGAUGUUGAACUCUGUCAAAAGAGACUAUAUGAUUUUUUCUUUUUCUUUAAGUAUCAUUCUAAGAGGUUGAUAUAUAACGUUGUGUGAUAAAACUGUCUUCCCCCUUUUCCUCAAUUUCCCUUUUUUCAUUUGCAUAUGUACUUGAUAUACCUAUGCAAAUUAGUAUCAUCCCUCAGGGACACUUCAAAUAUGGUGAUGAUGUCUUUAAUGCAUUUCUUUCCUGUAAUACAAUUUUAUUUUUAGAUAAGAAGUGCUUUACACUUCCAGUGGAUACUCUAGCAGACUCAGUUUUUACUCUCUAUUUCUCUCUCUUCUUCUGUGUCUCUUUCUGCCUUUGACCCCCCCCCCUCUCUCUCUCUCUCUCUCUCUCUCUCUC